AUGCCCGAGGGCCAAGGGGCGCCUGCCUCUCCCCGGGCGGCACGGAGCGCCCUGGACAGAAGGUCGUCGGCGCCCGCGGCCUGCGCGCAGCCCCAGAUUCUGGCCCUGCGGUCCUCGGGGUCCUCAGGGUCCCCGGGGUCCCCGGCCCCUCGGCGGGCUGCCGUCCGCGCCAGCGUCCCGCAGAAGCUGGGCGAGGCGCUGAGCAGCCAGUACGGGCUGAACGUGUUUGUGGCGGGGCUGCUGCUCCUGCUGGCCUGGGCCGUGCACGCAUCGGGCGUGGGCAAGAGCGGCCUGCUGUGCUUCCUCACGGCGCUCAUGCUGCUGCAGCUGCUCUGGGUGCUGUGGUUCGUGGGCCGCAGCGCCGCGCACCGCCGCCUCAUCCGGCUCAAGGACACGCACGCCGGCGCGCGCUGGCUCCGCGGUAGUAUCACCCUGUUCGCCAUCUUGACCGUCGUCCUGGGAUGCCUCAAAAUUGGCUACUUCGUUGGAUUUUCCGAGUGUUUAUCAGCCACGGAGGGUGUGUUCCCUGUCACACACACGGUCCACACUCUGGUGCAGGUUUAUUUUCUUUGGGGACAUGCAAAGGAUAUCAUCCAGUCUUUCAAAACCCUGGAAAGGUUUGGGGUGAUCCACUCGGUGUUCACCAACCUGCUUCUGUGGGCCAACAGCGUCCUGAAUGAGUCAAAGCACCAACUGAACGAGCACAAGGAGCGGCUCAUCACCCUGGGCUUUGGGAACAUAACCAUAGUGCUGGACGACCACACGCCUCCGUGCAACUGCUCCGCGCCGACCCUCUGCUCCGCCGUCUCCCACGGCAUCUACCUCCUCUACCCUUUCAACAUCGAGUACCAGAUCCUGGCCUCCACGAUGCUCUACGUCCUGUGGAAAAACAUCGGGCGCCAGGUGGACGGCCACCAGCACCGGAAGAUUCAGUUCAGGUGGCACGGGGUCACGGUGGGCUCGGCGCUGGGCCUGACCGUGCUGGCGGCCACCAUCGGGGUGGUGGUCGUGUACCUGAUCCAGAUCGGGCGCUCCAAAACCAAGAGCGAGUCCGCGCUCAUCAUGUUCUACCUCUACGCCACCGCCUUGCUGAUGCUCAUGGGGGCUGCGGGGCUGGUGGGGAUCCGGAUUCACAGGCUCGACGAGCCACCGCUCGAUGAGUCCAAAAACCCGGCCCGCAAGCUGGACUCGGACCUCUUGGUGGGCACGGCGUCCGGCUCCUGGCUGCUCUCCUGGGGCUCCAUCUUGGCUAUCCUCUGUGCCAAGGCCCGCCCCGUGUACACCUGGUAUAACCUGCCCUACUCCGUCCUGGUCAUCAUCGAGAAAUACAUCCAGAACCUUUUCAUCAUCGAAUCCGUUCACCGGGAGCCAGAAAAGCUCUCCGAGGACAUCAGGACCCUGCGGGUGGUCACGGUCUGCAGCGGCAGUGACCCAUCCCUUGCUUCUUCCAGCCUCAGGAGCGGAGCUGUGGCCGGGGACGUGGCUCCCCAGGUUAUCCAGAUGCCACCUGCAGUGAACGGAAAUCUCUGUUCGAGAGAAGCCAGUGGCAAAGGGGAGGCAGAGCCGGGCGGGGGAGGGGCCCCGGGCCCAGCCUGCCGCCCCCGCUUCCUUCAAGGCAACGCCAAGAGGAGCAUCUUGAGGAACAUCGCGGCCUUUUUGUUCCUCUGCAAUAUUUCGCUUUGGAUCCCUCCUGCCUUCGGCUGCCGCCCUGAGUACGACAAUGGAUUGGAGGAAAUCGUCUUUGGCUUUGAGCCCUGGAUCAUUGUGGUGAACCUGGCCAUGCCCUUCUCUAUCUUCUACCGGAUGCACGCAGCUGCCUCGCUCUUCGAGGGCUAUUGUAAGCUCUAG